GCAUCUGACUGCUCCGGGGGGCUAUUUUAAGUGGCUUUCUAGAGCAGAGCUAGCAGAACUCUGCCUCAAGCCUCACGUGUGAGAGCUGCUGAAGUGAGUGCACAGGACGGGAGGAGGAGGCAGGUGGUGAUCCAUGGCCCUGCAACAAGACAUGGAGACUGGCAUCUAGCCUCUGCUGAAACUAUUUAACAGGCCUCCCUUGGUAAGAGCUAGUUUUAUAUGCUAUUACUUCAGAUGCACAUGCAUUUAAAUCAGACAGUACUGGCUGGAAGCAACUCCAAGGGCCUUAUUUUUCACAGCUGCCCCCCGGGCAGGGCAGAGUCAGCCAUAGCUGCAUGAGGAUGCAAUGAGCUGUCUUCACACACAGCUGCAGUUGCGGUGAGCUGGCUACCGAGAAACAAAACGUGGUUGAGAGCAGCAUUUGAAGUUGUGCUUAAAACAUUUAUGACAGACAUGACCAGGGAUGGAAAACUAGACUGCUGAGACUGGUCCUGGCUUUGUACUUCAUACAGCACCAUGACUCCCAAAGUCCACUUGUGCCAUUGGCCUUCCCACCGUGGAUCAGAAUGAGUGGAUGGGAAGAAUUAUUUUAAAAGACCUCACACAGCUGCAUCAGUGCUCUAACAGCUUUGCAAACGUAAAUGGAUUUAGUGCUCAGAGUGUGAGUUUGCUGCAAGCCCCACAGAAAGGACAAGUGCCACAGCCUGUAGGUCACAAUGUGUAAUACUGGGAAAUGCAUGUACCCCAACCUAUUGCAGAGUCGAGGUAGGUUAGUUUGUUUGGCCUUUGGUCCUUGACGCAGCUGCCUUCAGUUAAGGUUCGUGCAGUGCUGUCCUCACCAAGGGCAUUCCACCAGUCUGGUCUGUGCACUUCAACUGCAGACAGUUUAAAAUGGAAGCCGCUCAGCCCAUCUUGGCACAGUCAGCACUGGUGGCCUACACACGGUGACUCGGUGUGCGCACCGGGCAAACCAAGGGAGAUCGCUGGGUGAUUGCUUCCAUUAGGUGACCAGUAUUAAAAAACAAGCAAAGAUUCCGACUGUAUCUAGGCUGUCGCUUUCCCGGUAACAGACUGGCAGAGCCUUCACCCUGCCAGGAACAGCAAUGGUGGGAUAAUGCAGGGACAAACUGAGAUCUAGUGCUGGGAAGGGAGAGAGUUUUCACAAGUUUGACACACAGGUGGGGCUAGUUUCCUCUCAAGAACAGAGGCCUCUUCAGUGUAACUCUCAGCCCCUGAAUGGCGUGAGUGGGAACCGCACUAAGCCCCCUUGUGCGUAGUGAUUGCUGGGAUAGUGAGGCUAGACUGGCCCUAACGCCAAGGACGGCACUUGCCUCCUAUGUGAAGGCAGCAGCCCAAGCUCUGUACACUGGAGUUCAGUGGCUGGACGGAUCAAAAAUUCCUUCUCAAAUUCCAUUUCCCGGGGCGGUGAAUCGUUUGUCCCUUGGAACGUUCACUGGGCAAGGAACAAAUGUUUUCAAAGGGAGGGGAGAAUGACCCGAAGCGUGUUAGCACUCCUAGGAGUGACAGCGGGCACAUGGAAAGGAUGGCCAGCCGCCCCUGGAAGCUGGCAACCUUGUGGGGCUUGCACAGGGUGUCUCACAGGUACUCAGCCCACAGUACAGAUUCAGGCACCAGCAUGUAGCUCUCCAAACUAGGGCCUGAUCCCGGUGCCAGCGUUAAUACCCACGGCUUGCAAAGACUUCUGGCUGCUUUCAUAAAGCUCACAAGGACCCAGAACUUAGGUGUCAGGUAGAGCAGGACUCUGCCAGCAGCACAGCUUCCCUUUGCCCUGCCGACCGGGGCAUUGGGUUGAGCGCUGACAAAGCAGAAGCACCACCGUUCCCUGCAGCAUCUGGGACGCCCCUCCCAGAAGUGACCCAGCCCAGCCGUACUGAAACACCAAGAUCUGACAAGAAUUAGGCUGCCAGAGUCCUAGCUUAGUGUUAAUGUCAAAUAUAAACACUAGCCCUCAGCUAGGAAUUCGUGUCUCCGAGGAGCCUGGUGCGAGGCCAGGGGCUAGAGCACUAGGCUGGAACUUGGGAGACUGGGUUCGAGUCCUUGCUCUGGGACAGGCUUCCGGCAUGACCUGGGGCAAGUCACUUGCAGUUGGAUUUUCAAAAGCACUUUUGAAAAUGGCACGAGUCUCUGUGCUUCAGCUCCCCCUCUAUAGAAUGGCAAUAAUGGCACUUCCCCAUGGCACAUGAGCGGUGUGAAGAUGGGGAAGAUUGUGUGUGAGGUGAUCAGAUAGGAUGGUGUAAAAGGAGCCAGAUAUGUACCUUAGUUAGCUAGAGAGUCCACCAUGCAGUGUUAAUCUCAUGUCUAGGCCCAGGAAAGUUAGUUUCAAGCCUCAGUAGUGGGUUUUCCUCAACCCUUAAAAACCAGCAUGAGAGCAAGAGCCACCCUGGGCCAUGCUGUUCCCAUCUGCGUCAGCUGGAGGAGACACUCCGCAGCUAUUUGCACAGAUGAGUAAAUCAGUGAGUCAUGCAGCUAUAACAAUUUACCUGCAAACUGGGACAGCUGAGUUACUGACCCCACCCUUCCCUCCCCUCCCCAUGCUACACCAGCUGUAUCCACGCAGCAGAUAAGGCGAGUGAUUAAGGCAGGUUUCAGUGCGGUGAAUUUGUCAUGAAGCCUUCAGGCAGCAUCAGACAGAGAAGUAGUCAGCUCCUGGCAAGUGGGAACAGGCUUAAUCAGUUUGAGAGUGAAACUUCAGUGUAACGUGAGACACAGAUUCUAAUCGGAAUAGCUAAUUACAAAGCAGCCAAGCAAUCGCAGAAAUUGUUUUUCAAACACCUUCAAUGUAAUCAAAAAGAAGACUGGAGAAAUGGAGAAAGGCCUGGUUUGACAAUUGGCUGGAGGAUACAAUACAGGACAGCUUUUAUUUGACAAAGAGAUGUCUGUGUCUCAAGUACACCCUUUCAACAGCCACAAGUCCCCUCCUGCGUUUAGAUCCGAGCUGUGUUCCCUGCCUCUCGCAUGAUGAGCCAUGCUGUUAGGAAGUGGCUUUAGAAGCUCUUAUUUUAAAGCAAAAUUUCUGUUUCAUUGAUGUUUGUAGUGGGGAAUGGUGCUGCCUCUCAUCUGAGGCAUUUAACGUUGAGUUGCACGGGUACACCAUCCUGAAAUGGGGGGGCUACUUUAAACAUUACUGUCCCCCAGCCUCCCAUGGUCAGUCCGACUCUUGAACAUGCUUCCAGAGAGUGGUGUGCAACCAACUUGGACAAUAUCAUCAUGUUCUCUCUGACACUAGUCUCCCUCAAGGGACAGUGGCAGAGGUGAUUUAAAAAUGAACUUAGCAGUCGUGGAAGUUUUCCCCACCAACACCUCAGACAGGCAGUGCAGGCUUGUUUAACCAUGCAGUGCUAGCCUGCUCCUUUGCUCAGUAGACAGCUUUGGGCUGGACAGACACAAGUAGAAGGUGGCUUCUUUCUUACGCCUUCCUAGUUGCCCAUAAACGUAUGCCUAGGGAAACAGAGGUCAGCCCUGAUACAUAUGGGUCAAUUUUAACAGAAGUAAGAGGACUUCAAUUUGAAGUACGAUUUGAGCAUAAGAUUAGGAGCCAGAAAUUCCUUGAUUCUAAUCUCACUCCUUUACGAAAGAAAGAAAGAAAAACAAAAAUCCCCCUAAACGUCUGUGGAUUUGGACAAGUCACUUACCCUCUCUGCCUUGGUUCCCGAGCUGUACAAUGGGGAUAAAUACUGGGGCCUUGAGGAGUUGAAGAGCCCUGUAGACCUGCCAGCAUUUUGGAACAGAAACCGCAUUUUCAGAACUCUGCCCCAUAACGCUGGAGCUGCUUGGCCACCUUUGGUUUAGGAGCUUGUUCACUGCUUCUUGCCACUUCUGCCACUGAUCUGCCACCAGGUUCCCCUGCGAGGCACCGCUGAGGAUGUUAGUGGGACAAAGAGCUGCAUCCGAAAUCUCCCAGCAUUUAUGUCAAGCUUAAAAUGAUAAAAUGUUUGAGAGAUUCUGGAAGGUGAGUUUAGGGCUGUUGGAAGCUGCAAGAUCAGCCAUCCCAGGGCUUGACGGCUUCUAUCCAGCCAGAGAGCAGGGACAGCAGUGGGGCAAGAUUCCCCCCCACACCCUGGCAGGGAGCCUAACUCUGAUCAGGAGGGGCCACCUCUACCUCACCCUCCAUGACCUAGCAAGUCGUUGGUUGCCAAAAAAGGGGUCAGUUAUGACAGCGGGAAGAGUCAGCCACGCAAACUGGAACCAAACAGCAAGACCUCUGCUCCGGGUACCAGCCUCCUGCCCAGCAGGUCUCAGGGAGGGGGCCUUGCAUUAAGGUGGAUUUCUCUGACAUUGGCUAGUGCAUAAUCCGUUUAGCUCCAAGGUGAAUCACUGCAGUUUUCCUUUUAAGGAGAGCACCGUCUGGGAGGAAGUGGGGGGAGGGGUUCAUUGAGAGCUUCUCUGCCACGCCUAGUUGUUGCUCCAGGCUGAGACGCCAAGCCAAAAGCCGAUCCCGUCAGCAGAGCUGAACAGAGACUCGGAAGGCUCCCAGGGUGACUGCCUGCUCCUUUUCAAACCAGCCUCCUUGCAAAGCGGUCUCCUUUCCACCAGCGCUCCCAGCCAUGGCGAGAAACCACCAGGUGCAAAAAGCCAAGCUGGCCGAGCAGGCCGAGCGUUACGAGGACAUGGCUGAUUUCAUGAAGGCAGUGGUGGAGCACGGGGAUGAGCUCUCCAAUGAGGAGCGCAACCUCCUCUCCGUUGCCUAUAAGAACGUGGUGGGAUGCCAGAGGUCCGCCUGGAGGGUCAUCUCCAGCAUCGAGCACAAGACUGAAGAGGGUGAUGACAAAGCGCAGCUGGUGAACGAAUACCGGGAGAAGGUGGAAGGGGAGCUGAAGGAUGUCUGCAACAUUGUCCUGGGGCUGCUGGACAAGUAUCUCAUUAAGAAAGCCAGCGAUGCAGAGAGCAAAGUCUUCUACCUGAAGAUGAAGGGAGACUACUUCCGAUACCUGGCCGAGGUAGCCACCGGGGAUGAGCGCAAAGAAACCAUAGAAAAUGCUCAGAAAGCUUACCAGGAAGCAAUGGACAUCAGCAAGAAGGAGAUGCAGCCCACGAACCCCAUCCGCCUGGGGCUUGCCCUCAACUUCUCCGUCUUCCAUUACGAGAUCGCCAACGCCCCAGAGCAGGCCAUCACGCUGGCCAAAACCACGUUCGAUGAAGCUAUGGGAGACCUCCACACGCUCAGUGAAGACUCGUACAAGGACAGCACCCUCAUCAUGCAGCUGCUCAGGGACAACCUUACGUUAUGGACGGCAGAGUGUGCGGGAGAAGACGGUGGAGAAGCCGGGGAAGAGCCUAAGAACUGAACUGCAGCCCACCAAGCAAUGGUCAUUCUCCCUGUCCCUCCUCCUUUUUUGUAAGACACGUCUCGGCUCCCAGAAGCUCUGCCUGGAUUCCAACAGCAAAGGGGACUGACUGGUCUGUGCGUAUGGUAUUCACACGUUUUAUCUUGCCUUUUCUCAUGGCAGCUUUGGGACAAUUCCCCCUUCCCUGACCCUCCCCCCCUCCUUCCACAUUUCUUCCUGCUGGGGCAGUUACUGCUGUGGAAGAGCACUAAUAGCUUCACACAAACUUGGGUGUCCCACACAUUGUCAGUAACACCAGGGGUUCCUCAUCCCCCCAGCAUUGGGGCCUGGGGGUGCCUCGUGGCACUUAACAUUUAAAAAGGGGGAAGCUGAGUUUGGUUUUCAGUGUAAAGAUACCAAAACCUAGUCGAUCGCAGCUAGAGAGUGCGCUCUCCUUUGCUUUCUGUAGUGACUUAUUCUGCAGGGUUCCUCUCCAGCCUGCUGGGUAUUCCUUGCAGUCAGUAGGACGCUGGAGGUGUUGGGCCAUGGGGGGUUCUUUGUAGUGGGUUAAGAAUGACAAACUUGAGGUGCCUCCUGUAUUUGUGUAUUGCCAAAGCCACUGCCUGCCUGUCCCUCUCCAAUAAAACUGCACUUACGCUCCUGCCUUUGUAGUCCUCGUAGUCACUUCUUUACUGCAUCCCGGUGUGUGGCAUGGCCCUGCCGGGGCAUGGCCAGCGCUGCCUGGCACACCACAGAGCAUGUGUUUCCAAUGCACUGGAAGGGGAGAGGGAGUUCCUGGCGUGCUCAAGUCUAAGCAGGGAGUGAGCGCGGUACUUUUCCAGGCAGGUUCAUGCACGCCAGGCUGCCUGUUGUCGCUCUGUGCAUGAGUGCUGGGCCCGAGCAGAGGAGCGAGGCUCCAGGAAGCCUUGGGAGCAGGUUGUGCCCACAGAGAGACCAACACGCUGUGAGACCUGGUAACAUUUGAUAAGUGAUAGAAAUAGGUGGGGUGGAGGAGCAGAAGCUUUCCCUGUGGGGGGAGACUCUGAAUGGCUCAUGAAUGGGUAAGCAGGAUCCCCUCACCCACCUGAAGGGAACAGCAUCAGUGACCCUUCUUCAGGCCAUCUCCAGUGCCAGGUGCCAUGACACCCCUCCCCCCCGGGUCUGUCCUGUGUAACUAACUCAGAAAACCCACACUGGUGCUACGUGUACAUAGAAAAGUUCUUAAGAAGAUUUUGCAACUAACUGGGAGCCUUUAGGGUCCUCCCCAGGGCUGAUCCUGAUCAGCCUACACGUAAGUAACCACAACUUACUCUGUCUACACCAGGUGCUAAGUUCUGUGUAAGGGCAUGUUGGGCAACAGUUUA